AUGUCGUCGUCCGCAGCGCUGCCCGAGCCGCCUCGCCGGCCGCGGCUGCUCGCCCAGAACCGCAAGCUGCGGCACCUCCGGGGCCUGUCCCUGCGGAACCUGUCCUUUGCGCCGCCUGCGCGCAUCCUCCGCUCUGCCGACGACGGCGACAUCCACACCAAGAAGAAGAAGAUGACGCUCGCCGUCCUGCAGGAGUCGAGCAGCGACCCUGCCGCCGCCGCUGCUGCUUUGCAUUCGUCGCGGUCCUCGGAGAACCUGACCAGGAUGGAGAUGCCCGCGCGCCGGCCGAGCGUCAAUGGCCACCGCGCCGGCGCGCCGGUCAUGCAGCGCCGGCCGAGCCUGAGCAACGCGCACACGAGCCCCGUCAGCCGCCAGAAGAAGCUCGAGGACCUCGCGGACGAGGCGGUCGGUGAUGUGUUCUUCUCUCUGCAUGAUGUGGCGAGCCCGCAGGAGCCAGUAUAUAUAAGUGAAAUAGGAGAGCGAUCAGCGAACUUUGAUUUUCGAUUCUUUAAUCUGUCGACAUGCGAUGCACCCGUCGCCCGCGCCUGCUCAGUGCUGGUUCGAGUCUGGACACGACGUCCAAAACACAGCGCCUGGAGUUUCCUGCUCGAGGAGCUCAUCGACCUCCGCCGGCUGCACUUUAUAUCCACCACCCUCAACCGCGAGUACCGCCCCAAUGCGCUGGUGUUCCACCUCGAAGACGGCGUGUACUCGCUCGACUUUCCCGACCGAAUAUCCGAGCCCCGACAGACCCCGCCGCCCAUAACAACGUCGUCGUACAAUGCGCUCAUGAAGCUCGCCAACCUCGAGGGCUCCCUCCGCGACGCCGAGGACACGCAGCGCGCCGUCCUGCAGCAGAUGAAUGCGCUCCUCGCCGCCGAAGAACCUGCCGAUGCCGGCGGCGCUGACGCAGCCGAGGAGAGCGUGGUGCUCGCGAAUAAGUACCUGGCCACGCAGCGUCGCCUCAACAGACAAUCGGAGAAGCGCCGCGACGAGCUCCGCGCAUCGCUGCGCACGCGGAGGGACGCCAUCGCCGCGGGAGAGGCGCUGCAGCGCCGUCGCGCCGAAGACAUGGCGACCAGCAAGGAGAAGCUGCAGGCGUCGCGGCGGCUCCUCGAGGACACGGAGCAGCAGAUCCGCGGUCAGCGCCGCCGCAUAUGCGCCGAGCUCGCGGCCAUCUUCCCCAUUGAGCCGAUCCAGCACGCGCCGCCACUGUCGUUUCAGAUUUGCGGCCUCGCGCUGCCCAAUUCGGUGUAUGACGCCGCCGUUGCGCGGACCGUCGGCGAGGACGCCCUCUCCGCCGCCCUCGGGCUUGUCGCGCUGCUGGCGCGCCACCUGCAAUUCUAUCUCGCCCACCCGCUGCCGUAUGAGAUUGCAUCCUUUGUCGGCUCGCGGUCCUACAUCCGCGACGACAUCUCGCUGCUCGUGGAGGCCAAGGCGGCCAGCGCCGCGGGCCCGCGCCGCGAGUUUCCGCUUUUUCUCCCGCGCGGCGGCUCCACGACGGGGCAGUGGCGCUUCGAGUACGCCUGGUUCCUGCUCAACAAGAACCUCGAGGCGCUGUGCGCCUCGCAGGGCCUGCGCGUCGUCGACAUCCGACACACCCUCCCCAACCUCAAGUAUCUUCUCUACGUCGGAAGCGCCGGCCGCGACGAGAUGCCGGAGCGCAAAAAGGGCGGCGUGCGCGGGCUCUGGGCCGGACGCCUCACGGGUCGCGUGCCCUCGUCGUCAUCGCCCCUGCUGUUGGGAGGGGACGAUGUGAGCAGUACGGGAGGCAGUCGUCCCGGAAGCGCCGAUAGCGAGGCCCACGCGCAGCGCGGCGACCUGCUGCGCACGGCAGCCCUGGCCGAUGAGCCGCCGAGAGCGAUGGGAUGGGGUGUAUCCGGCGGAGGAGGCAUGAACCCAGACUUGGCCCUGCCGUUUAGAAGCCCAGAGACCAAGUUUACGCUCCGUACAAAGGGCCUGCGAGAAAACGUCGCGGGAUGA